UCAACAUUUUAAAAAGCGGGUGUCAUGUGAUAUAAUAAUAAUAGUAAAAUAAGUUAGCAAUGACUUGAUCGAUAUUGUCAUUUUUUCUUAUAGUAUAGACAAAUUCGUUAUUCACAAUACUUUAGUGCAUCUAUUUUUAUAAUGACACGAAUUGUUGUAGAACUUCCUUCUGUCACAAAAAAAAUCCUUUGGCCGCAAUGGCUAACAGGAAUUACAAUUUCAAUUGCUGUACUUACGGCCGGUCUUUCCAAUGGAUGGACGUCACCAUCUUUAGCUCAACUCACCUCUCCAGAUGUUAAGACCUCGCUUAAACUUUCUGACUCUGAAGCAUCUUGGGUGGCAUCUUUAUUAAACUUGGGUAGAUUUGGAGGUUCGAUAGUUGGUGCGAUCAGUCAAGGAUUAAUUGGUAGGAAAAAGACUCUUUUAAGUUCCAUAUUGCCCCUCGCAAUCGGCUGGACAUGUAAGAUUAUUGCAAAUUCAGUAACUUGGCUCUAUAUUGCAAGAUGUUUUUGUGGCAUUGCUUCAGGGAUGAUCUGGACUACACUUUCCCUCUAUUUAGGCGAGGUUUCUGACUCUAGCAUUCGUGGCUCUUUGGUAUUCAUGAAUUCAAAUGCAGCAUUUAUUGGUGCAUUUUUGGGCAACAUAAUGGGCGCUCAUUUACCUUUGGAAAGAUUCGGUUACGUUAGCUUAAGUCUCGGUGCGCUAUUUUUUAUAAUCUUCUUUUUCAUCCCGGAAUCACCAUAUCAUUAUGUAUCAAGAGGUAAUCUUGAACGUGCUGAAACUUCACUAAAAUGGUUCAAACGUGAAGUUGAUGUUUCAAAAGAUAUCCAAGAACUUAAAGAUUUUGUUGGAAACACUGAAACAAAUCUUCUAACACGGUUGAAAGAAUUCAAAAAACCUCAAAACCGCAACAACGUUAUUAUUAUGGGUAUGCUUAAUGUUUUCCUAUAUGGAUGUGGUCAUAAUACAAUGAACUACUAUGCGGAAAUCAUUGUAACAAAGAGCAAAGUAAAUUUUUCUCCUAGUACUAUUGUAAUAGCUCUCAGUCUAUGUACAAUAGUAGCUUGCUCAACAGCAGCGAUUGUUGUUGAUAGAUUCGGAAGACGUUUCCUUUUGAUAGUUUCCAGUCUAGGGACAGCGUUGUCAAUGACGCUUCUCGGUCUUCACUUUCACCUCUUAUCUUUGAAUAUUGAACCUACAUUUACCUGGUUACCUAUUUUUUCGCUUUUCCUUUAUAAUUUUUCUAUCAGUAAUGGAUUAGUUCCAGUUCCCAAUGCUCUAGUUAGUGAACUUUUUCCACCAAAUUUAAAAACAAUGGCAUCUUUAUAUUUUAGUGGAAGUUCAGCUCUAAUGUCUUUUAUUACUGCAAGAACAUUUCAACCAUUAGUUAAUAUUAUGAGUGAAAAAUAUGUAUUCUGGAUCUUUGCACUCAGUGCAUUUAGUGCGGCACCAUUUACAUAUAUUUACAUAACAGAGACCAAAGGUCAAACUCUUGUUGAAAUACAAAAAAAUGCUGAUAAAAAGCACAAAAUUAAUAAGAUUGAAGUAGCUACUGUAAUGUAGUGUUGCUGAAAGUUACUUCAGAAGUAUCCUUAGUAUAGCAAUGAUAUUAUGCAAGAUGCUUGGACAGAGUAUUCGACCAAAUCCUUCAAGCAAAAGAUAUCAAAUCUUGUUUAAAUAGUUUAAACUUUUUAGAUUUAAACAAGUAUCUCGAGCAAAGCAUUCAGCAAUACUUGUCAAAGUCUGGUUGUGUAUAAUGCAGCAAGUUGCACCAGAAACACGCAAGAUUUUGAGUAAAAACUGCUUCAGAAAUGAAACAGCAUAAGUGUAUUUACCUUCUCUCUUUUUUCGCAGAGCAAUCAAGAGUAUAGCAUACAAAGAUAAAAGCAGGGAAGCUUGCUACACUUAGGCGUAAAUUUCUGAAGCAAAAAUCCAGAGCAAUAAUUAAUUAAUUAUAACGCAAGAAAUCUGUUUCAAGUCUCUUGUACAAAAGUUCCGUCAGUAUUGUAUGCCAUAGUGUUGAGAAUAUUGGGAAUAACCCGUACACAAGCAUCUUUCAAUAUUGCUACUAGGGUAUAUAUUAGGGGUGUGCGAAUCUUGUUCGAAUCGAAUCGAGUCGAAUAGUUAGAUUCGAUUCGAUAUUCGAGUCGAAUAUCGAAUAGUUCGAGAGGUUCGAAUAAUUCGAAAGAUUCGAAUAGUUCGAAAGAUUUGAAUAGUUUCGAAAUUUUACCGAAUCUUCGGUAAAUAGGGGAGCCUGGGGCAUGAAUGCAGGGUAAACGGGACCACUCGAAAAAAAUUUUCUUUUCGUUUUCCGUCAAGUUAAUUUUUUGUAGUGGUCCGUUUUACCCCACAUAUCACAUAUUGGCCUAAAAUAUGAUAAAAACAUUAUAGAGGUCAUAACUUGACGGAAAAUAAAAAAAAAUUUUUUACCUAAUUUUUGAGGGGGGCAUUCGUGUCCCAGGCCCCCCUAUUUACCGAAGAUUCGGUCAAGUUUCGAAACUAUUCAAAUCUUUCGAACUAUUCGAACCUCUCGAUCUAUUCAAACCUUUCGAACUAUUCGAACCUCUCGAACUAUUCGAACCUUUCGAACUAUUCGAACUAUUCGAACAUUUCGAAUCUUCGAGGCGAAUCUCGAAUCGAAUUGUUCGAUUCGAUUCGUCUCGAAUAAUUCGAAGUUUUGAGUAUUCGCACAUCCCUAGUAUAUAUCUUUAAAUUCUUUAAAAUACUGAAGUUGGUUGGUAAAAACUCUCAUUAAUAUCAAUAUACUGUAAAGAAUUCGCAAAGUAAAUGUGGAUCAUAUCUAGAGUGAAUACAAAGUAGACGAUUUUUUUUUAUUUAAUUCCCUCGAAGCACACAGAAAAAAAGGAUUUCUUGGCACAAGAAAUAUUUUUCCCUCCUCAGGGCGGAAAGCUGUGCGAAACGAAGUUGCCGCUUCCCGCCUCCGUCGGGGAGAAAAAUAGUUUACGCACCUUGGAUAGUAACCCUGAUUAGAAAACACAAUUCGUGAGGAUUAAAACUGUUUUAAUCGUUUUAAAUCGUCACGAAUCGUCAAUUGAUGAUUAAAGAGGAUUAAAAACGAUUAAAUUUUUAAUCGUUUUUAAUCUUCAUGCAGGACCAGAAAUUGCUGUAUAUUGUUUUACGAUUAAAGACGAUUCGCGAGGAUUAAAAAUUUUAAUCGUAAAAUAAUAUUGCAAUUUCUGGUUCCGAAUGAAGAUUGAAGAGAAUUCAUGAUGAUUUGAAAUUUUUAAUCCUCAUUAAACGUUUUCAAUCGUAAAAUAAUUAAUUAUCGUUUGAGGAUUAGAGACGAUCAAAUGUGAAAAACCAUGAGGAUUAUGAUGAUUAAUGAUGAUUUAAUUUUUAAUCGUUUUUAAUCCUUACGAAUCGUAUUUUCUAAUCAGGGAAAUGAGAAAGCCUCAGAUCACAUUUUUUAUGACCUUGGCUUCGCCUCGGCCAACAAUUACGUGUGAUCUGAGACAUUUAUUACUUUACUGCCCUGGGUCUGUAAUAUACUAUUGCGUUAUGAAUAAAAGACAAAAAUUUUCUUAGGACUAGGGAAAAUUUCUCGACACAAGACAUUUUUUUUUCACUUUAUAAUACAAAAAAUUUUUUGGGCAAGUAAAUAUUUUGUUGAGGCGAGUAAAAGUUUUUUUGGGCCAAGAAACCUUUUUUUCUGUGUGGGAUUUACUCUGAAGGGCAGUUUUAUAUUUAUUAUUUAUAGGAAAAAUUUCACGGAGUAAAAUUUUCCCUGCCCUUGUGGAAAAAUUUUUCUGUAAAAACUGAAAAUAAUUAUUUACAAGUCUGAAUAACAGUUCUUAAAUUUUUACUUUUUCUCAGAAAGUUUGAAAAAGUCUUAUAAACUCGGAAUAGCUUUUAAUUUGAUGUGUAAAGUCAGAGUAAUUCCAAGAUUUUGAAUUCUUCCAGAAGAGUUAUUCUGAGUUAGUAGAACUUACUUGAAGAGUUACUAAGACUUCUUAAUACUUUAAAAUAGUUUCUUAUAAAAAUUUGUGCGACUAUAAAAAGAAUUUUUUUGAGUUUUUCUGGAAGAAUUCAAAAUAUUGGAAUUACUUUGACUUUAUACGCCAAAUUAAAAGUUUUUCCGAGUUUAUAAGACUUUUUUAAACUUUUUAAGAAAAAGUAAAAAUUUAAGAACUGUUAUUCAGACUUAUAAAUAAUUAUUUUCAGUUUUUACAGAGAAGUUUUCCCUGAUUAAAAAAAAUGAUUAAAAAUGAUUUCACACGUUAAAUGUCCAUAAGAGACAGGAUUAGAAAUGAGUUGAAGGAUUAAAAAGUAUUUAAAAUGAUUAAAAAACAAAUCAUUUUAAAUACUUUUUAAUCAUUUUUUUUAAUCAGGGUUUCCACAAGGGUGAUUAUAUCACUAGAAUAUAAUAUGAUUAGGUCUGGAUGUUUUGGGAUUUUUAUUUAACAGCGGGAAUAAUUACGAGUGUCCUUUAUGUAACAAGCACUCAAAAAACUUUUCAAAAUAAGAAUCACGAAGUGAACUAAUUUUUGAUUAUUCUUUAUCCUUCAAUUUGGAAAUAAUCAUUUACGCUUGAAAAUAUACCUUACGGCUUUUGUAUACAGUGAUCGUGAUCAUUUUUAAACUUAUCUAAAUAAAGAAAUAAAAAUCUUUAUUUUCAAUAAUCUAGAUAAUAAUUAUAGAUUCACUGAACUAACCUGAUUAAAAAAAUGAUUAAACACAAUUCAAUUUUAAUACUAUAUAGAUACACAUUCAUCAUUAAGUAAAUCAUUUUCUUUAAUCAGGGUAUAAAUUCAUAUCACAUAAUUUACAUCAACUCUACCGCCAUAAAACCAUAUUUUAUAUUA